AUGAGUGUAUGUUUGGUUAUUACGAAGAGUGUUGCAACGGCAACAUUAGGUAUUUACACAGGUAUGGUUGUCACAAGAAACUUACUCCAAACCGAGGAAGAAAGUACAAACAAAGAAAACAACUGUCUAUACAGUCUUACUAGUAAAGCGUUGGCUACUGUUUCUACAGUUUUUUUUGGAAUGUCAUAUUUUAAAGCGCCACAGCAAUGGAAACACCCGUACUUACUAUAUUGUUUCUUGGGUAUCCCUCUGACGUUGAUACUUGGAUCGUUUGGGAGGGGGGCUUUAUCGUGCGAUAGCUGUAAUAAAGUAAGGAAAUACGUUGGAAGUUUGCGCAGAGUUGUAGCAGAUGGUAGCUCUUUAGAUAGUGGUGAGCUGUCGAACGAAACCAGUAUGAGUGAGGAUCAUGAUGAUAUCAUAUCUGAAGACAGCAUAGUGGAUUUGGGGGAUGAUGCAUCAGCCAAGACCGAAAUAGUCAGCAAAGGUUUUGCCGGUUAUGCAGCGGCGGCAGCGGCAAUCGUAGUGUUUACUGCUAAUGUGGUAGGCUGUAUAGGCGAGACUUUGUGA